AUGUCUGCGGACACCAGCGCAAUAGCCGUCAACACCUCGGGCAUUCCUGCCUCCUCCGGCGCCGAUGGCUCCUACGCCCUGCUCAGCGGCAGGGACGCCGUGCUGCGGGGUCGCACGUUAACACCGCCGCCGUCGUCGUCGUCGGCACUCCCAACCGACAACGGGAAAACAGGGGAGGAGCAGGAGGGCUCCUGCAGUUAUUGUCGCCCGGCUGCGCAGCCGCUUUCCGGCAGCGCGAAGUCCUGCGUUUCCCUCCACUACGACCCUUCCGCUGCGUCGCACCUCCAGGCGUACUCGCGUGAGGGACCGACGACGCUGGAGCUCGCCGGGUACCAUGCAAACACCGCGGCGGCAGACGCCACCCCGCUGCGACACGCGGAGCUGCGGGAGAUGCUGGUGGCCGCCGAGCGAGAGUUGGCGGAGGCGCGGGAGGAGAGCGUGCGACGCGGCGCGGAGGCGGAGGCCCUCCGCGUGGCCCUGGCGCGGGAGCAUGACAUAAACCAGGGCGCCCAGGCGCGGCACGAGGAGUCGGUGCGAGAGCUGCGGGAGGAGCAUGCGGAGCAGACGCAGCGGCUGCUGGACCAGAUCGCGCUGCUGAAGCGGCUCUCCGAGGGGGUGAUGGAGGAGAAGAAGAAGCUGACGGAGGACGCCUCGCAGCGGAAGCUGCAGCUGCUCGCGUUGCUGGACCGUGAGCGGGAGGAGAAGAGUCAGAUCAUGGCGGACUACCGGCAGCAGACGGAGGCCCUCAUCGCGGACCAGGGAAAGGAAAUCACCUCCCUGCGGGGCACGCUGCAGACGCUGCGGGAGGAGCAGGAGCGCCUUCUCUCCGAGCAGCAGGAGUUCGAGGAGCAGAAGCGGGCGUUGGAGGAGAAGGCGACGCAGCUUGGGGAGAGGCUCGCCAGGGAGCGCACGGAGGCCGAAAAGAGGCUGCACGAGGCGAAUCAGCGCCACGCGCAGCGGCUGGAGGAGGUGGUGGCGCAGAACGAGGAACUCUCGAGCCGCAUGGAGGGGGAGGCCGGCAAGCUGCAGGAGCGGCGGCAGGAGCUGGAGGAGCAGCUGCGCAGCCUCACGGAGCGGCUGCGGCGACAAGAGGAGGCCUACGCGCUGGAGCAGCAGACCCUGAAGGAGACGCACAGGCGCGAGGUCUCGGAGCUCCGCGACGAGCUGCAGGCGACGAUGGAGCAACGCGAACAGCUGGAGGCCCAGCACGAGAAGGAGCGGCAGAAGCUCUUAAGAAACGAGGAGACGCUCAUCCAGUCGAUGCGCCAGGCAGUAGAAGACAUGCGACAGGAGAAGGAGACCGUGGCGGAGGAGGCGGCGCGGCAGCAGGCGGAGAUGCAGGAGAAGCACUGGGCGAAGGCCAACCAGCUGCAGAGCAUUGCGGAGAGCCUGCGACGACAGCUCGCCGAGGAGACGGCGCUGCGAAAAGAAGCGGAGUCGGAGCGGGAUCUUGUGACGGUUCGGGCAGAUGGUCUGCAAGGCAGCGUGAGUCGCUUGACGAAUGAGCUGGAGUCGCUGCAUGUGGAGUACCGUGCCCGGGAGCGGGCGGCAGGGCAGGAGCGGCAGAAUAGUUUGGAGCAGCUGCGGUCGCAGCUUCGCGAGCGCGCGGGGGAGGUGGAGGCGCUGCAGCAGGAGGUUACACGGCGGGAACUGGAGGAGCACAGACUCCGCGAAGAACUCGCAGCCAAGGCGCAGGCGCUGCAGAGCACGCGGGCGGAAAGCAAACGGUUACUGGAGGAGGUGCAGCAGGCCGCCGAGGAGCGAGAGCGGGAGACGGUAGAGCGGGAAGCCGAGCUCGCGAAGACCCUCAUGCUUAUCCGGGCGCAAAAGACGCAGGUGGAAGCCGAGUGCCAGCGUUUGCAGCGCGUCCUCGCGGAGCUCGAGGGGCGCCAGCAGUCGUGCGAGAGGCAGCUGGGGGAGGAGCGCCGCGCCCUGGAGGCGGCGACGGCGGCGGCGCAGCGGUCGAGCGAUGAGGCGGAGGAGCACAAGGCGGCCCUUCGCCGGGCGCAGACCCGCCAGCAGGAGCUCGAAGAGGAGCUGCGGCGCAGGGGCGACGAGCAUGCGGCGGCGGCGGCGCGGGUGCUCGAGCUCGAGGCGGCGCUGGAGGCGGCGAAUAGUGAAACGGUGCAGCAGUCGCGGGAGGCGGUGCGGGCCGCAAAGGCCCACGAGGCGGAGCUGCAGUUGCUGCUGCAGCGGCAGCAGGCGGAGGCGGCGGCGCUGCGCCUCGCGGCGGAUCAGAUGCGCGGCGACGCGGCGAAGGCGCGCGAGGUGGCGGCGGCGAAGGACGAAGAGCUGCACCGCCUGCGCGAGGAGGUGAACCAGCUGCACCGCGACGCGGCAAUGCGGGCGGGGUCCUGGCAGGAUGAGUUGGCGGAGUCGCGGGAGGUGCACGAGGAGGACAUGCGGCGCAUGGACGAGGUGCUCUACACGCUGCGCGCCGACCUCAGUCGGGCGCAGGCGGCGAAGGUGCAGUGCCAGAAGGACGCGGCGCAGCUGCAGCGCGAGGCGGAGCGGCAGCGCACGCAGCUCGAGGACAUGCUCGCGCAGCUGGAGGCGGCGAAGGAGCAGCUGCAGGAGGACGCCCGCUACCGCGAGCAGCUCAACAACGAGCUGCAGGGCACCGUGAAGCUUCUCUCCUCGCGACUCGCGGCGCAGGAGGACGACGUCCGACGGCUGCAGGAGGAGCUGGCGGAAGUGAACAACAAGCUUCACAACGCCCACACCUUUCUCGGGCGCAAGGACGCCGCCAUCGGGCAGCUGACCGCACGGCUGCGUGCAUACGAGGCAAGGACCGGGGUCUCCUCGGCGUGA